AUGGCGUUGCGAAGGCAAAUGGUGUCACAUCUUUUGAAGAAAUCAUCAUGUGAAUCUUCAGUGACAAAAUUGCUACGUUGGAAUGGGUUGUCACUUUAUAAUACGUCUCAUGGUUUCCAUGAGGAAGAAGUAAAAGAGAAACUUAAGCAGUUUACUGGUGGAUGCAUUGACCUUCAGAAGAAAGACAAUGGCAUUGGCAUUCUUACUCUGAACAAUCCAAGUAAAAUGAAUGCAUUCUCAGGUGUUAUGAUGCUACAACUUCUAGAGAAAGUAAUUGAAUUGGAGAAUUGGACAGAGGGAAUAGGCCUCAUUGUCCGUGGGGCAAACAGUACUUUCUCCUCAGGGUCUGAUUUGAAUGCUGUGAAAGCACUAGGAACUCCAGAGGAUGGAGUGGCCUUAUGUAUGUUCAUGCAAAACACCUUAACAAGAUUAAUGAGACUUCCUUUAGUAAGUGUUGCACUGGUUCAAGGACGAGCAUUGGGUGGAGGAGCAGAAGUCACUACAGCAUGUGAUUUCAGGUUAAUGACUCCAGAGAGUGAAAUCAGAUUUGUCCAUAAGGAGAUGGGUAUAAUACCAAGCUGGGGUGGCACUACCCGGCUGGUUGAAAUAAUCGGCAGUAGACAAACUCUCAAAGUAUUAACGGGGGCCCUCAAACUGGAUUCCCAAAAAGCUUUAAACAUAGGAAUGGUCGACGACAUCUUGAAGUCUUCAGAUGAAACUCAGUGUCUACAAGAGGCACAAGAAUGGCUACAGCAGUUUAUCAGCGGGCCACCAGAAGUAAUUAAAACUUUGAAAAAGUCUGUUGCUUCAGUCAAAGAGCUAUGUUUAGAGGAGGCAUUACAGACUGAAAGAGAUCUUUUAGGAACAGUGUGGGGUGGACCUGCAAAUUUAGAGGCGAUUACUAGGAAAGGAAAAUUUAAUAAAUAG